CUUCCCCCUCGGCCAAUUCCGGAGAGGAACCCUUUUUAGAUCCUUCCAAGUGGAAGCGUAGGACGAAUUUCGUCCACACCAUCCGGAAUGGCCAACAUGGCGGCCGCCGUGAGAGGCCUCGGUAGAGUCUUGAUACAUCAUCAAAAGCAUAGUCUUUUCAAGAUGGCUUAUCAGACAGCUCUUUAUCCUUGUUCUGUAUGUGUUCACGGGUCCACCAGACAUUUUGCUGCUGCUACAAAGCCUGCAAAGAAAACGAAAAAAGGUGUGAAAGGCAAGGCAUCAGAUGAGAAAAAAGAUGAGAUUGAAAAAAUAAAGUCAUACUCCUUUAUGGAAGGUGAACCUGAGGAUGAUGUCUACUUAAAGCGCUUGUAUCCAAGGCAGAUAUAUGAGGUGGAGAAAGCUAUUCAGUUACUUAAGAAAUUUCAAAUUCUGGACUUUACUAAUCCAAAACAAGGUGUUUAUCUUGAUUUGACACUGGAUAUGGCACUGGAGAAGAAGAAAAAAGUGGAGCCGUUUGCCAGUGUUCUUCGUUUUCCAUACCCAUUCGUUUCAGAAAUCAAUAAAGUUGCUGUAUUUACAGGGAAUGCAUCUGAGAUUAAAAUAGCAGAAGAACAUGGAGCUGCAUUUGCAGGAGGAGUUAAUCUGAUUCAGAAGAUUUUGGAUGAUGAAAUUCAAUCAGACUUUUAUGUAGCUGUUCCAGAAAUAAUGCCCGAGCUUAACCCAUUAAAGAAAAAGCUGAAAAAAAGAUUUCCAAAACUAACUCGAAAUUCCAUUGGCCGUGACAUCCCCAAAAUGCUUGAAUUAUUUAAAAUGGGACAUGAAAUUAAGGUAGAUGAAGAAAGGGAAAACUUUCUCGAGACCAAAAUAGCAACAAAAAUGUUUGCCAACCCUGAAGUAUAAAUACGUAACACCUAAGUGUGGAGAUCUGGUUCCAGGUGAUACGGUGUAAUCACGAGCCAGCCGCUCUCAUGUUGAAUGCAGCUGUUAUAAAACCUGGACAGAAGGCAUGGAGUAGCUGUUCAAGACGCUGAACAGUAAAUAGUGACAGACAAAGUAGGGAAGACCAGAAUUUGAAGGACAGCCCUCACCUCUGCUGCUGAGUUUGUCAUUUUUCUCUUGUGUCGUUAUGAACUGGACUCACCGUAACCCAAAACGGGGCGUGGCAUCAGCGCAGGCCGAGCUGCAGUUGGAGAAACCCUUCCCUUCAGGCCGGGGACAUAGACAUCGUGAAUCCUAGUGCAAACAGUUGGUGCUGGGAAGGGCACAG